CUCAUUCUUGAUUCCCUCGCUCACAUCUACACUCCAAUCUAAAUACCCACCUCAUCCCCCUCGAAGUAACCAACAGUCGCGUCAACACGGUCUACCCACCAUGGCCACAACCGCAGCCGGCCGCAUGCUGUCCCGCCAGCUUCAGCAAAUGCAAUCCGACAAGGAUAUCCCUGGGAUCAGCUGCGGACUGGUCGAUAGCAAUGUUUUUGAGUGGGAGGUGAUGCUUAUGAUCUCGGAUGAUGUGAAGUUAUAUGGGGGAGGCUUCUUCAGAGCUCGUCUGUCCUUCCCUUCAGAAUACCCCCACAUGCCACCCAAGAUGAAAUUCGAGCCGGCUAUUUUCCAUCCCAACGUCUACCCCAACGGCGACGUCUGCAUCUCCAUCCUGCACCCCCCAGAGGAAGACAAAUACGGCUACGAGUCCGCCGCCGAGCGCUGGUCGCCUGUUCAGACGCCGGAGUCGAUCCUCCUAUCGGUUAUUUCGAUGCUGUCGAGCCCGAAUGAUGAGAGUCCUGCGAAUGUGGAGGCUGCGCGUAUGUGGAGGGAGGAUCCGAAGGAGUUUAAGAAGAGGGCGAGGAAGUGUGUGCGGGAUAGUUUGGGAGAGGAGUGAUCGACUGAUUUAUUGAUUGAUUGUUGAUUGAUUACUUUCGUUCUUUCUACUGUCCACCGGGCCAUACCGGGUUGUCCUCAGGACGCGGUGGCUUUAGCGAGUUGAUUUGUGCAUGGUGGAUGUGGAUAUGUCCAUCGGUAGGGUUGGCGUCUAUCUUGUUUUGUUGGCAUUUUCUUUCUUAUUCAUUCUUUCAUUUGCUUGGGUGUUCUCGGUGGAGUUACCGUGUGCUGUACAGGAUCGAUUGAUCUUGCGAUUGAAUAUGUGGG